UGCCUCGCCCCUCGAUGAAUGUUCCCGCCCUUUCCCGGCCGUAGUGGACGUCCUCGCCGCCCGCGCCGCCCGCGCCGUGACCCUGCCCUCAGCGGCCCUUAGCGCAGCGAGCCGUCCGCGCCGCCCGGCGCUUCCAGGCGCGCCAGUCCUGCAGCAGAGCGCCGCGCCGACAACAUGAGCACCCCGGAGGAGAAGAGAACGCUGCUGCGGCGGCGCUCCAGUGUGGGCGGCUGCACCGAAAUCAAGAACUACAUCGUGUCGUCGGAGCGGUGCGGCGACCUGCACGUGCACGUCCAGGGCGAGAUCAGCCAGCAGGACAAGCGGGCCUGCUUCCUGACGGUGCACGACCUGGGCACGAACCACCGCUCGUUCCUGGACUUCGUCAACACGCCCUGCAUGCAGGAGAUCAAGGACCGAUCCAUCUUCAUCCACGUGGACAUGCCGGGUCACCAUGACAACGCCGACAACUUGCCUGACGGGAAAGAGUACCCGACGCUCGACGUGGUCGGCGAGGACCUGGUGACGGUGCUCGACUUCCUGCACGUCAAGUACGUGGUGCUGCUGGGAGACGGUGCCGGCGCCAACGUGCUGGCGCGCUUCGGCCUCAAGCACCCCUCGCGCGUGCUGGGCAUGAUCCUCAUCAACUGCACGGGGAGCGCGGCCUCCGUCAUGGAGAGCUUCAAGAACAAGACAGUUAACUGGAGGAGCAACGACACGGUGUCGUCCUCCGCCGAGCACUACCUCGUGUUUCACAAGUUCGGCCACGUGAUCCCGGAUGAGCAAGUCAACAACGACUCGUCCCCGGACAAGGAGCGCGUCGUGGAGGAGUACGUCCAGCGGCUGCACAGCACCACCAUCAACACGAAGAACCUCAAGCAGUACGUGCAGGUGUUCAUGAAGCGACAGGACUUGCCGCUGGCCGAGGCCAAGACGGACGUCCUGCUCAUCACCGGGGUCCUGGGCGCCUUCGCCUCGGUCGUGGAGAAGCUGCACAAGGACAUGGACAAGGACAAGGUCACUCUGCUCAAGGUGGAGAGGGCGGGCGACGUUCUGACGGACGCGCCGGCCAAGGUGGCGCAGAGCAUCCUGCUGUUCUGCAAGGGCCUGGGGCUGCUCACGUCCGUGGCCCUCGGCGUGGACCGCCAGCGCACCUUCUCCGGGUCGUCGGGCGAGGGCGAGUCGCUGGGCCGACGGCGACUGUCGCGCGGCAUGUCCAUGGAGGAGUACGACAAGCCCAACAUCCGCCGCCUGUCGCUCACCUGCGCCGACCCGCCGCCGCCCGUGCCCGCCGCCAACCGCGCCAAGUGAGCGCGAGGAGGCCGAGCGUGGGGGCAGCCCCCGUCGUCUGGCCCCCUGGACUCGGGGACGGGGAGCUUGUCGCGGGCCAGCGCGCCCAAGGCGCACGGCCGCAACGCUUGUCCUGCUUGUCGCCCCGCCGGCCGCGAGGACCAGACUCCUCGAAAGCGGGGCGCUCUUCGGCGCGUCGCCGACCUGCGGAUUGUUCCCGAUCGAUGCUCUGUCUCUCUCGCAGCCAAACGGGAAGCGCCGUGAGUGCGAGAGAGACAGAGCGAUGAAAAGCCACGUUCGGAAUCAGCCUUCUCGACCCGAGCGUUCCAGCAUCACCAGCAACAAGCUUUACAGUAUUCCCCGACGAUUGUGAGAGAGUGCGUGCGAAGAUGUGCGUGGGUGUGACAGAGAAGGCCUCGCCGAUGGACAAUGUUAGAGUAAUGCACAAGUGUAACUACAGUACACUUAGAGCUUCAUUUGUAGGCAACCCGUGUUCCUUUCUUUUCGUUGUUUUGUUCCUGUUUUUUUAGACGUACACUUAUUCUAGAGUCAACUGUACGAAUGCAGUGUACAAUGUGUUGUAAUGUAGGAAGAAAGCAUUAUACUAUAUGUAUCGAGUCUCUUAGCAUAAGCAUAUCAACGCGUCGGUGGUCGUUUCUCAUUCCAAAGAAAUAACAAAACUACAAAAUACAAGGUCACUCAGAAAUGACCAUCGGUCCGUUGUCAAAUUAUAAUGAGUAUAGCUAUUUUUCGAAGAGAGAAAAAACUUUGUUAUAGUCGCAUCUUGAGGACCAGUUGCAUUUCAGAGAGAAAUACAGUAUACAUACCAAAUAAAGAAAUACUUCUGUU